GGGUGGGAAGCCCAGGCGGCUCCGUGCGACGACCCAGCGUGCGGCAGGCGCUGCGCAGGGUGCAGCACGGCUCUGGCUCACGGGGUGUCUGUCGGGCAGAGAGCAGACCCGGCUGCUCUGGGCGCCAGGGUGCCUUGCACGGUGCAGCCCGGGACCCGGUGCUGCCGUGGGCACCGUCGUGCCAGGGACCCAGCAGAGGCAGCGAGCGGGCCAGGAGCUGCCGGCGGAGAGGAGGGGCGGGGGAACAAAGCUGGCACGGAUGCCGGCGGCUAAAUUUAGCCCGUUUCCCCACUCGCUCUCCCUGGACUGCAGCGCGCGGCCGCCGUGCCACCGCUCCGGCAGCCCAUCUGUCGGCUCCUUUCGCGAGCCCCCUCCCCGCUUGUACCCCCGCUGCAAGAUGUCUCGGGGUCGGACCAGCUGCCUAAUCCUCCCCCACAAGGCAGCGCUCGGCGCUUGGAAAUUACCCGGCAGCCCUUGCUCCCGCCAUCUGUGCCGGGCACCCUGCAGGCUUCCCAGAAAGCACCGGGGCGAGCCACGCUCGAGAGGCAGAGGGAGAAGCCAAAAUGUCUCUCUCGGCCGCGGGGGCUGGCGCGGGAAGGGGAAGCCGCUCGCCCGUGCCGGGAGAAGCCGUGCAGAGGCAGCCAGGUGCCGCAUGCCACGUCCUGCCCGCGUGGCCAGGGUUUUGGCACGGCCUGCCACCCCGUCGGGGCGGCAGAAAGCCUCGACGCUCUGCAGAUGGAAAGCCCUACCCCGCGAGAGCUGCCACGUCUCCCGCCCGGGGAGUGGGUGUUUUGUGGCUGUGCCAUCUGCCUCGCAGCGUUGCACGGUGCCGUCCCACCGGAGGUUUCCUUCCAGCUGCCCGACCGGGGUUGUGGUGCUCGGUGCUGGGGGGCUCCAGGCAGCGGUGUCUGGCCAAAUCCAUCAGACCUUUCCCCUCCAUCCCCGUGACUCAGGCGUCAGCUCCGGCGAUGGGAACCCAGGAGCCGAGGUCACUGCUGGCCCCGUAGCUGACCGUGAAACUCUCCCGCCGUCUGUUCUGUCUCCUCUGGAUGAAAGCAAAAGAAACACCCCCCUGCGGGGUGAUGGGAGCAUGCGUAUGCACACACACGCGUGUGUGUUUGCACAUGUGUGUUUGCAUGUGGGCGGGGAGGGUCUUAUACAGGCCAGUGCUUGGUGGAAAACAGUGGGGAGCAUGGUCACCUUGCACAGGUGUGUAGAUGCACGUGCACACGUCUCGUCCCGGAUGGGACUUCACAGCUGGAACAGGCUCAUUGCAGAACUGAUGCUCGUUUUCCCGGCUUUGCCCCCGGCCAGUCUGUGUCCUGCCCCUGGUCUAACCGCGGGUCUCUGCAUAGCUGGUGCAGUUCCUAAAGCCACAGCUCCCAGAGUCCUGGGAUUCGUGGCUGACUCCUUAAUGCUCUCCAGCAAACGGAGCCGGCCCUGACGUUGGGGCUCUCCAAAAGCUCGUUACGAAUGGAGCUGACCUGGUUGAUUUAGGGGGCCCACCAUGUGGCUCGGGACCCAGGGGACUGUCUUUGCCAGAAGGGCCGAGCGAGGAGUGAUGGAGCCUGGUCCCCUCCCUGCGUGACCUGUGAACCCCGACCCAGGGGGCUCGGGGAUGGGGAAGGGGUGGGUCUCGGCGAUGUGGCCCCAGUGCCCGGUGACAUGAGCAGGAGGUGUCGGCAGAACGCAUGUGGCUUGAGCUGCUCCAAACCCAGCUCUCCUCCCAGCCCGGCUGGGGGCAGUCCUGUAUCCACCCCCACCCGGCCAGGCCCAGCCCGAGGUGCUCUGCGGAGACACUGUCCACAUCCCGCUGGCAUUCACUCCGACUCCGUCUGCCGUGCCAUUUGCUGGUCGCCGGUGGUGCUUCAGUGUGCCCUCCAAGCCUGUGGGUCCCCCCGCAGAGCCCCGAGCUCCUUGCUCAACGCCACUACUUGCCCUUUCUAGAGCAGCCUUGUGGUGUCGGGAGGCCUCACAGCAUGUGCAGGACACCGGAUUGUGCCCAUUUCACAGAGCUGAACUGAGGCCAGGCCUCUUCCCCAAGGCAGUCAGUAGCAGAGCGAUGAGUCGAGCGCCUCUUUCCUGGCUUCCAGCCCCGUGCCCAUCCCACACAUCGCAGCCUCCUUUCAUUGCUGGGCGCCCCGUUGCCUUCCCGAGGAGGCCGUGCCAUGCGGAGGUGGGGGCGGCGUGGGGAGGGACCUCAGGGCAGUGGGGACCAGGGCUAAGGGCUGGCGAUGGGCAGAGCCCCUGUGAGGCACGGACAGCUGGUGCUUUGCCCGGCACCGGAGAGGGGAGGCCAGGAGGGACAUGGGGGUGAGCUGGGCACAGAUGGGUGAACAGGGCCCCGGCCCUUCCCCAGCACCAGUGGGUGAGCGUGCACCUGGCUCCGAGAACGUCUCGACUAGACUCGGCCUUUGUUCCUCUUGGCUUUGAAGCCUCCGCGUCGCUCCAACUACGUGCAUGUGCUUCCCUUCACACCCUUGCAACCUGGGACCGGGGCCGGGCCUAGCCAGAGCCAGUGUUUUUCAUGGGCUCCUUGCACGGAGCAAACAGAAACCCCGACCGGCAGGGGACGUGGGGUGGGGGCAGCUCUCCUACCUCCCCUGGGGCGGACACGGGGCUUCCUGGGGGCUGAGGAAUGGGCUGGGGCAUCCACGGCUCCGGGGACGUUGUGCCUGCCUCGCUGUUUGGCUUGGCACGGGUCUUCCGCCUUCGACCCUGCCUAUCUGGGACUCCUGAACAGCCCCCACAUGUGCUGAAUCUCACCCCUCACUGCAGCCCCAAGCCCUGCGGUGGCGCCGGGCUCUGCCUCUGGGGCGCCAGGCUGCAGGGCUAGCACGGGCUGAUACCCGCUGGGGCAGGAGAGACCCCAGAAUCACGUGCACCUUCUCCGGGUGUGCAGCGCCUAGCGUGGCCAGGCCCCGAUCCCUGGCUGGACCCAGUCUGUGCCACCACUGUGCAGCGGCUCAGUGUUGCAAGGAGGGGGCUUAGUGGAGGAGGUCUGGGGAGAGGGCGAGGGGGCCUUCCCCUUGCACCCGGGCGAGGUGGCCAGAGCUGGGCUGGGGGGUGCAGGACAAGGUGCCUGAAGCCUGUCUGUGCCGCCUGCCUGCCGCUGGACCUGUGCAGCCGCCGUGCCCGUCCCCAUGGUAUCAGGGCAGCCCUGGAGGCUGAGGCGCUGCCCUCCAUGCCCUGCAGCGGUGGGUUUGGGGGGGCAGCCCAUCCCAUGCAAGGCUGGUGGAGGGUGCCCCCCCACAUGCACACUCUGCCAUCCUGGCUGCAUCCUAGCUCCCUCCCUCCGCCGGCUCCCAGCUGCCUCCCUCCCACCCACACAGCCCUGGGGACCCCCGAUGCCGCCUCCAGAGGGGCCGUGUCCUUCCCAGCAUCGCCUCCCUCCGUGGGGGAGAGCGGGGCGGCCCCCCCGCAGCCCCGGGCCCAGGCUGCACCGCCUCCCCGCAGGUCCCGGGGGGGGACCGGGGUGUCUGUGUCUCUGCUUCCUGCCUCCGCCAAGCCUGAAACUGUUAAACUAAUUAAAGAUUUUCAGUGGCAGGAUUAAUCCCGCGCUGGGGGGGGAAGGGGGGAGCUCAGGUAGUCGAUUAGUUCGCCAGGCGAGGAUAUUGGAUUUCUGAAAGGCAAGUCAGCACUCUUCGGGGGCUGUUAUCUUGCCAAGGCUCCAGGGGUCAGGAGGUGGAAAACAAGAGGUGACUGCAAUCUCGCUGGCGCUCACACUCGCUCACACUCGCGCACGCACACCCGGCAUUUCUCCUUCGGUGUCUGUCUCUGCCGACGCGCCCCCCCCCCCCUUUCCUUUCUCUCCUUCCCCAUGCAUCUCUCUCUGUCUCUCUCCAUGCCUUCAUCUCUCGCUCUCUCUCUUGUGUGGUCUCUGCUGGUGUUUUGUAACCAGCAAAAAAAAAAGAGGGGGGGGUGGAUAAAAAAGCCCUACCCCUGGCUAACAACCCAGGAAUGGCGAAGUCCAGAGCUCCUAAUGUAAAACAUGUGGCCGCUGCCUGGGGCUGAGCAGAGGAGGUGAAAGUGAACAUUGUGUGGAGAGCAUCUGUCUCCUCCGCACCCCCACCCCUCUCUCCGGGCCCUGCAAACCCGGGGCCUCUGGGCAGCUGCCGUGCCCCCCUCCCCACGCCUGGCGGACAAGACGGUGUGCCAGGGGACCGGUGUGGCGAUGGGGGGUGGCGGGGUGCAUCCUCGGGGUUGAAUCCCAGCCACCGCUCUCCAACUCCGAGCAGGUCCCGUGCCCCGGGGCGCAGAUCCGAGUCUGGAGCCGCUCCCCUCCUCGCACACAUAUGUGCACAUGUGUGUGCACACGCUGAAUGGGACGCUGUGACUGAGCCCUUCUAGCAGGCUGCUUCUGCCAUGGGGCCGGAUGGGUGCCCCGGUGGUGCAGCCUCCCCCCACGUGCCUAAGCCCCUCUGUGCCCCCAAACAUCCUUCUCCAGGGCAGGGAGUGCCUCCUGCUCCGCUCCUCCCCGGCCACGGGCUGAGCCUCCUGGGGAAAGGGCUGGAAUAGCCGCCGGGCAGCCAUGGCACAGGACCCCACGCCUGCCUGCAUGGUCUGGGUACAGCCGAGGAGCUGGCUGGAGUGGGGGUGUGCACGUGGGGGUGUGCACCUUUGAGAGUCUCUGCAUGCUUCCCUCCCUCCGUGUCCAUGCGUGACACGGCGUGUGCUGCUCUCCGUGGGUGCCUGAAUUUCUGCGGGUGUGUUUGCACCUCUCUAUAACCCUGUGGUCAUCUGUGUUGUGUGCCUGCGUAUGCCUGGCUGGGACUUCAUGUGUGUGCCCCCAUGCACGGGGGUGUCGGUGAGCCAGUGUGUGCACAUGUGGGUGUUACUCUGUGUGUGCCCUGCAGUUGCUGCAUCCAUGUCUCCAGGAGCCCAUGUGUUUGUGUGUGUGUGUGUUAACGUGUGUGCCCUGUGUUGAGUGUGUCUGGGUGCCUGCAUGUUUGUGCAUGUGUUACUAUGUGUGUGCUCUGCUGUGGCUGUGUUGGUGUCUCCAGAAGCCUGCGUGUUUGUGCAUAUGUGUGUGUUCCUGUGUACCCUGCUGUGAUUGUGUGAAUGUGUGUGUCUCUGGAAACCCACAUCUGUGUGCCUGUAUGUGUGUUAUUGUGUGCCCUGCUGUGACUGUGUGUCUCUCUGCGUGUCUGCAUGUUUGUACACACGGGUGUGUGUUACUGUGCGUUUCCUGUUGUGACUCUGCGUGUUUGCACACAUGUGUGCAUGUUUGUGUGCUCUGCUGUGACUCUGUGUGUGUCUCCAGGAGUCCGUGUGUUUGUGCACACGUGUGUGUUGCUGUGUGCACUACACUCCCUGUGCGCCCCAGGGCUCCGUCCAUCUCCGCGUGUCUCCUGCACGCACAGCAUGAGUGCCACGAGCUUGCCUCCCCCGGGCCAGCCCCUCUCCUCCUGCCUGUCGGUGUAACCCU